UGUCGUCGUCGGAAGGAAACUGUUAUCGCCUUACAUGUGAGCUCAGUUGAGGAGUGUGUUGUAAACUUAUUAUAAUUAUCAUCAAUGAUACGCCCCCGAACUUUAGUAAAGGAUCCCGAUCUAUGUGUGUAUGUCUAACGUAAUGUCCGUCGUGUUUUAAAUAUUGUGUUUUACGCUAAGUGUCGUAUACCUUCCUGAAUUUUUGAUGCAAUAAAUUUUAUGUAAUGUUAUGGAUAAAUCGUAAUCAUGACGGUGGAUUUUAACGAUUAUUUUUGGGGGGAGAAGAAUAAUGGGUUCGAUGUCUUGUAUCACAAUAUGAAGUAUGGCUUAGUCUCCAGCAAAGAAUUGGCCGAUUUCUUUCGAGAGAGGUCGAGCACGGAGGAAAACAAUUCCAAAGCGUUUGCCAAGCUUGCCAAACAGGCCGGUAGUUGUUGUAUGCACGGAACUUUCUCGCCGCUAUGGCAGGUGCUAAAGUCCUCUGCCGAACGACUGUCGACUUUACAUUCGCAGAUGGUACAAAAGGUUUCAGAUCUAGUCAAGGAAAUUAAUAAAUAUGCCGACGAUUUACAUAAAAAGCAUAAAACGGUAAAAGAAGACGAAUCAGGUACUUUAGAAGCUGUACAGAUAAUACAAUCGACGACAACCAUGGUACAAAAAGCAAAGGAUGCCUACACUCAAAAAGGAUUAGAAGUAGAAAAAUUAAAAAAAGAAAACAAUUCACCCAAGGAAAUAGAAAAGGCGGAAGCUAAAUUGAAGAAGGCCCAAGAGGACUAUAGAUCUUACGUAGAAAAGUACAAUAGCGUUAAGGAAGAUUUUGAACGUAAAAUGUCGGUUACAUGUCGCCAUUUUCAAGAGUUAGAAGUGACGCAUUUAACGCAAAUGAAAGAAUUUCUCAACUCGUACGCCCAGGUGGUUCAAUGGACGCAUGAUCAAACUGGUCAAGUUCACACCGAAUUUAAAAGGCAAUGUCUGGAAUUUACUGUCGACCGUCUACUAGAACAGUUUGUCUUGAGCAAGUAUACGGGAUUAGAAAAACCCGGGUUGGUUGAUGUGGAAGAACCACUUACAUCGCCAGUUCAAGAAACAGAACCUAACAAACCUUGUAAGCGCGAAGGUAAUCAAAAUGCAGGCAUACCAGUGACGCAGGCUAUGCCAACACAUCCCAAAACAUCCCGUCGUACAACUUCCCUUCUUAAUCUCUUCAUGUCUAACUCCCAGGGGUCACGCGAGGGUCGAGCCGGUCCGUGUAGCGCCCCAUCGAGCCCGACGAGCCCCGCCGAUGGACAACAGAUGGCGCGUCAAGCUCAUCGUGGAUCCAAGUGGUUUUUGAGAAGCAGGAGAGAUAAAGCCAAACAAAAGAAGGCAAAAAAGAAAAAAGACGCUUCGGACAAUUCCAGCAAUAAGGAAGAGAAAUCGGAUUUGGAGGAAAAAGAAGAGACUGGUAAAAAUCAAACUCUUCCCGAAAUUGAAAAGGAUCAGCCCCAAUUAGAUGAAGAUGGCUACGUUAUUAGACAAAACACCGUACCUGCUUGGACAAACGACAAAAGUAGCUUUUAUUCUAGUUCCGAUUCAGAUUCAGAUGAUGAAAGGGAGCGUAAGAUUCACGUGGAGAUAAAACCAUUAAAUAAUGGCACGGCUCCAAUGUCGGCAUCAGUUGAUGAACUGCGAGCGACUGUAGAGAAUUUAUACUUAUCACCUUUAAAUAAUAGCGGAGGUAGAAGAGGAUCGAGUAACGACGGUUCAGACACUAUUAUGAAACGUUCUCAAUCUGUGUCGCAACAGUUGGGUAAACCAAGUAGCGAUCUAUUAGGUCUAAACUUAUUUCAAAGCCCAGUUGCUUCCAAUGCAUCCACUCCUACAAGUUCGCAUCCUUACGCCCCCUUGCAAAGUCCUUCGCAACCGACCUUAAAUUCGCCCACACUUUCGUCUUCUUCCAAGUACGCAGGUGCGUUUGCGCGAUCAGUGCUGACUGUUUGUAACACUCGCAUUUUAGAUUUGGGAGAUUUGUUUUCCGAGGUCGGCGAAAUACAGUCCCCUGCAGUUAGUACAACUAAAACAGUUAGGCAAACUCCAACGCCAACAUCCGGGUACAUGUCAAUUCCCAGGCCGCCUUCGCGACGAUCAGACGGUGUAUCGCGAGGACAUAUAAGUCCCGCAACGAUUUCGAGAGCAGACAGCGUCGGUAGUUUGGAGUUUCGAACUGCCUGUAUACCAGUUGGUGUUUCACGAGGACCUUCUCCAUUGACUAUUGGUAUGGCGGACACCAUACCAUUGGCGGUAGCGUUUCACGAGAUAGUCCACUCAUUCUUCAGGGGAACAGAUGAAACUAAAUGCCAGGUAAAAAUGUCGGGAGAAAUGAUGCUAUCGUUUCCGGCCGGGAUUGUCGCCGUUUUGGCAAACAAUCCCAAUCCUGCUAAGUUGGCGUUUCGUGUUCGAAAUACACAGAGAUUAAAUAGUAUACUACCAAAUAACAAAUUAGUUUCUAUCGAUAAUACUCAAUCGGCAACAGAUAAUUUGGUUCUAGAGUUUAGUAUGUCAGCGUUAAGUGCCCUAUUAAAACGACAGUCUGAGCAAAAUCCAAGCGCUUCUUAUUUUAAUGUAGAAAUAUUGAAAUACCAAAUUAAACCAAAACCGGGUGCAAAUUCGUGCCCAUUUCAACUAGUAGCAUAUUGGAAAUGUGAAACAACUCACACGGAUCUGAAAAUCGAUUAUAAGUACAACUCUCACGCCAUGAACUCACCGUCACCAUUAUUAAACGUUAACGUCAUUGUACCAAUAGAUGGCAGUAUAAAAAAUAUGCAAUCGAAACCUUCAGCACAACUGCUAGCGGAAAAUAAUCGAGUGAUGUGGAAGUUUACCGAAUUAUCGCAGCAUUCCGAAAAUCAUGGUGUGGGAUCGUUGUUAGCUCGAUUGGAGCUGGAAUCCGGUCCAACUACUACCAGUACGAUUUCAACUCAAUUCAAUUGCGAAGGUACCACGUUAUCGGGUAUCGACUUUCAGUUGGUGGGGUCAGGAUAUCGUCUGUCUCUAGUUAAGCGACGUUUCAUAUCUGGGAAGUAUAUAUGUGACGGUGAUCCCAAAUACAGUUCGGGAACGCCAACACCUCCUGCUAGCACUUUUUCGGGCGAUUGCUAGCACAUCCAAAUAUCCAGCCCGGUCUUAGUUCUACUUUAUUUUAUUUUAUUCCAUUUAUGUAAACCUGUUGUAUUGAUAUUUUUCAUGUUAUCAAGCCUAUAUAGUCUAUGAUGCUAUUUUAUAACCACUAACUUUAAUAAAUAAUACAUUUUGAAAGUAAAGUAAA